AUGUUGUUGGUGGCAUUUUGUUUUGCACUGAGUACACUCGCAGCGACGUGUUCUGCAGAUACUCAGGUUGGCAAAUGUAAGGAAAAUAUGUGUGAAAUGGCUGGCAGCACUGAGAUAUGCACAGAGUGUAAAGACCAAGGAAAUGUUCCUAUUGACGGAAUAUGUAAACCACAAAAUGACAACGCCGUCACAACUGCCGGGUGCAAAAAGAAGGCAGGUGAUAACGUUGACGCUUCGAGUGUUAGGUGCGAGCAGUGCGAUGCGGCAAAUCAUUUCUUGUACAAAGGCGGGUGUUACUCAAAAGACGCUACACCUGGCAAUCAAAUGUGUAAAACGGUUACCACAAACGGGAUAUGCGCUGAGGCUGCUACCACAAAGAACUACUUUGUUGUUCCAGGGGCCACCAAAACAGACCAGUCGGUUGUCUGGUGUGGAGACGUCGAAGGAGUGACGCUUGGCGAUGGUAAGAAGUACACAGGCGUAGAUGGGUGCACCACCUGCGAGAAGCCAGAGCAGGCGACUGAUGCACCAAAAGCCGCUACAUGUAAUGCAUGUGGAGGCGGUAAGAUUGUCAAGACAGUCGACGGCGUAACGUCGUGUGUCGAGGAGGCCGAUUGCAAUAAUGGGUAUUUUGUGGACUCACGUAAUGGAAAGAAGUGCAGCAAAUGUGCUUCCAGCUGUAAGACAUGCGAGAAUACAGAGACGCAGUGUACCUCGUGUACUGAAGCCACGCCCUACCUGAAGAAGGAGGAUGACAGUGAGACAGGCACGUGCGUUAAUCAGGGCGAUUGCCCAGCAACACACUACAUAGAUGAAGCAGCGAAGACCUGCACUACCUGCACAUCGGGCGGGGCAAAAGAUUGUAAGACUUGUGAAAAGAACGGCGACGGAGCAGUAUGCAAAGAGUGCCCCGAUUCUGAUAAGACCAUCUUUGGCCUCAACAAAAAGUCGUGCGUUGCUAGUUGCCCUGCUAACUCUACCCCCAAGGCCACCGGACAGGAUAGCCAAGUGUGCGAGUGCAACGAAGGACUCCAGCCUAAUACUGAAUCGACUGAAUGCCGACCAAUCAGUAACUGUAACACAGAGCACUGUUUGGAGUGCACCGGUGAAGGCGCUGAUAAGGAGGUCUGUACAAAGUGUCUGUCUGAGUACUACCUCACCCCAACCAGUCAAUGCGUAUCUGACUGCACGACCCUCAAGGGCUACUACGGAGACGAUAGUGGCAAAAAGACCUGCAAGAAGUGCAACGAUGCGUGCGUAGAGUGCAAGGGUGAGGGCGCUGAUAAGUGCACGGCCUGUCCUGCUGGGAAGAUGCUUCAGUAUACAGAUGCUGAUACUCCUGCCAAUGGGGGCACGUGCAUGAACCAGUGCAGUGUGAGUUCUACAAACGAUGGAUGCGCAGAGUGUGGGGCUCAGAUAGGAGGAACUGCAUACUGCUCAAAGUGCAAGAACGCUCAGCAAGCGCCACUGGAUGGCAACUGUGCGGCCAAUACGCGAACACGAUUUUGCACUACGGUGAGUAAUGGAGCAUGCACUCAAUGUGAAAAUAACUACUUCCUCAAAGAUGGCGGUUGCUAUCAAACAAAUAGACAGCCUGGUAAACAAGUGUGUACUACAGUGCAGGGAGGAAAAUGUACAAAAUGUGCCAGUGGUCUAACGGCUGAUAAUGGCGAUUGUUCCAAUAAAAGGUGCCAUCUUAGCUGCGAGACAUGCACGGCUGCUAACGACGCUAACGCCUGUGCUACAUGCAGCACUGGAUAUUACAAACCGCAGAGUGCUGGGACAAAGUGUAAUCCGUGCUCUGAGGGGCUCGCUGGGUGCAGGCAGUGCACGGUGUCAUCCACCGAUGCGUUCAUGUGCCUUGAGAUGGGCGAUGGCACUAGCGACAACACCGGUGGAAGCACGAACAAGAGCGGCCUCUCCACUGGGGCCAUCGCCGGCAUCUCUGUUGCUGUGAUUGUCGUAGUCGGGGGGCUCGUCGGGUUCCUCUGCUGGUGGUUCAUCUGCAGAGGCAAAGCGUAG